UUCACCGGCUAUCUUCCGGUCAGUUGUGUUUUGAACUUAACUGGAGCAUCAUGGCGCUUUCACCCAAACUGAUUUUACUCUCAUUUUGUGUGAAAAUUCUCACAGCAUCUGCCUGGGAAUCUGCCUGUCCACCAUGGUGGGAGCAGCCUCUUCAACCGACAUUCCUGCCUCAUCCGACGGAUUGUAGCAAGUAUCUGACCUGUGUGUCUGGCGAAACCGUGGCCAAGAGUUGUCCCAAUGGGUUACACUGGAACAACCUUCGGAAGAUCUGCGAUUUGCCCUGGGUUGCCAGCUGCGAUCCACGCCCUGUCGACUGCAGUUUUGGCCAGUUGCUGCCGCACGUGGAUUGUGACAAGUACUACCUCUGCUUGGACAACUCGAGGAAGGUCGUGCUGUACUGCCCGCAGUUUUUGCACUUCAACGAGCGUAGUAAAAAAUGUGUUUAUUGGUGGUAUGCUGGUUGUGGAGGGUGGACGCCUCCAGCUCCUACGACACUUCCUCCGACCACAGCACCACAUCCAACAACAACACAACGUCCAACAACAGUGGCACCUACUUCAACAACUUUGACCACAUCAGCAGCAACUACUACGUGGUCAGGAACCACUACCUCGGAAGUUCCUGUUGAAACCAGUACGAUACCUAGAACAAGUCCAGCAACGUCAUCAACUGCAAUACCUGCUUCAACAACUUUGACCACCUCCGCACCAACUACUACUUGGCCAGGAACCACUACCUCGGAAGCUCCAAGUCAAGUCAUCGCGAAUUCCAUAAACGGUUGAUACUCCCCUUUCUACAGAAGAUCAUAGUGGUCCUCCGGUUUGAAAAGUAGUUCGUUCAAAGUAAAAACGGUACCUAAUCCACCGUCA